UUCUUUGUCUUUCUUUGUUCGCUACUUGCUUCUCCGCUAGUCAGCAGCCUCAUAACAAUUUAUUUUUCUUGUUAUCCAUUUUGUAAAGCAAAAGUCUCUCGAGUUGUGUUACUCGUAAAACAACGGAAAAUUUUCUAGAAAAGGUAGCACCCGAGCACCAACAUAAAUAAAAAAGAGAGACUUGUAUAUACAUACAAACACAUUCGUUGUGUUUCUCGAUGACUGCUUCUGUACAUAUGUAUAGUGAUAAUGUACGACCUAUAGCGAAAGGUAAGGAGUAAAGAGUUAUCUACACAUCAGUCAGAGAAAAAGUGAAAGAGGAAAAGAUAACAUUAAAUCGUACAAGCAAACUUUUCGUCACCGAAUGAAAACCACCGCGAUUAGUUUCAUUUUGCACUAAGGAGCCUUAAGGGCACCCGACCAUCCUGCGUUAUUGCGAACAUAGUCUGUGCGACUCAAUGUGCACGACCGUUGGAAUUUUCUAUCAGAUUAUACUGUAACUACAACAUCUGUAGCAAACAAGCUUUUUAAAUGCCUCACAACGCUUCCUGGUAGUUGUUACUAGUUGAAGGCCUAUUGAUCAAUUGGGACAGGCAGAAGGAAAAAAUCGAACUGCAAUCAUGCUAUACGUUUUUCACGUUGAUACCGGGCGAAUGCUGAAGUUCGAGAUGAGCAAGGCUCUUGAGAACGUUCGCUCGUUGAAAGAAACUAUUGAACGGCAUCACGGGAUACCGGCUGGCAGUAUUGUGCUGCUGGUCAGCGGAGGCGAAAUGUUGCAGGACGCCAAUCGAGUGUGCAAUUAUAUAGCCGGUACUGACACCAACCCGAUAUAUAUGUUUAGCACGAGUUUGUUGGAUGCCAAGAAUCAACCGCCACCAUGGCCUAGCAUAGAAUCCGAUAAUGAUCUAAAACUUCAGGUGGAUAAGUGCCUCGAGUUGCCGGCUACAUAUGGAACGGUUGUGACCCGGGCCCAAUUAGCACAGCAGAUCUGCGAGAUGGCCAAGGAGGAAGCCAAAUCAUGUGAAACCUUGGUGCACGAGCAACACCUUCAACAGCAAGGAUGGGCAGCCGUUGUUGCCAACAUGGAAGACGUGGUGGCCGAGUUUCAGGAACGCGUUGGUGAUUUCUUCAGGCGGUACGACGAGCACCGACUGCGUUACGUGGAAAACAAGGAAAUUUUAUCGGACUUCGACAGAGACUUGAAGCAGCUUUCGGAUAUUCCUAUUUUACCAACACUGAUGGAGAAUGCCGAUUCACGUCCGUAUGGUGCUUUUGAUGAAGUUUACGCAGACGCAAGUAAUAUUGCAGCAAGCACAUCUACCGGAAGCAGUAAAACUGCUAGUAAUCAUGAGCACACAAACAACAGUGUCGGUAGUGCUACAGGGACAUCGGCCCCGCUACAGGAAGUAACCGGACCUGCGGAGAGUGAAACUGCCUCAGAAAAAUCGUCCAAACCUUUGGAAGAUGUAACGACGACUGAGCUUGAUGCGGUAAUAUCUGAAAAAUACAGAGCGAACUGUAUUUCGCUGCUCGAUUGGAUAUCUGCUUCUGAGGGGCAGAAAACGUUAAAGCGUAUGGCUGACGAGUGUCUCCGCGGGUUGGAGCAGUUUGAAAAGGCCACUAUGGCGUCAUUGAAAGAGAAUAUAGAGAAGGCAGUUGAUUUAUCUCAAAGGGAAGAUAUGAAAGAAAUCAAAGGCCUAGAGGAACGUCUCUGCGGGCUGGAGCGACUAAUGUUUGACGCAAAGAAGGUCGUUCAGGAUCAGAAUGAGCUAGCGCAAUCUUUUCAACAAAAUCAAAAUCGAGCGAAUACGUUGGGUGACACAUCGAUCCUUCCUGAUCUGUGCGCAUCGCACCGAAGCCAAUUGUUGGUGAUGCUGAAAAAUCACAAUCACCUAAGGGACAUUCGACGUCGAUGCGCGAAAGCGAAAGAUGAACUAGGAGGCAAUCUGUUUCAGCGAUUGCGGUACAUCAUUCACGUAGAGACACGAGUGUACGAACUUGACAAUAGCCUGUUGUUCUAUCACACUUGCUUGAAGCGUUUGCAAAAACAUUUGGGAAUCAUCGAGCAGAUUCACAUGGCACCGUGUAUGUACGUUACUGCCGUUACAGAAGUGGUUCGCCGGAGGAUGUUUUCGAAUUCCUUCCUAAAAUGGGCUUCUGACUUAGCAUGCCGGCUGAUGACGAUCCACAAUGAGGAAGUAAUGCGAAGACACGAAUUUACCUCGCAGUUUGAGGGUCACUUUUUGAGUACUCUUUUCCCUGGCAUGGACGACAUGCCGCCAUCAUAUGGUAUCCAGACUCCGGCUAUUUUCGAUGCUAGUCUACCGGGUUUAAAUAAGCAAGAUUUAGAAGAGCUUGCCCGGUUCCUGCCUGAACUAACCGAAAAGAUCCAGCUACCGAACAUUGAUUCUGUGAUAGAUUUUUUCUCAUCUAAAUCGGUAGGGACUAAUGAAAGCAAAAGUAAUCUUACGCAGGAACCUAAAACUGAUGACUCUGAGGAAAAGAUUACCGAGAUACUAGAAGCGUCCGCAGGGGAAAUGAAAAUUCCGGAGGCUGAGAACGUAAUACAACUGCAAACGAAGGACGAUGAAAAAGUGUGUGAGUCUGAAACCGACACGGAGGAGUUUGAGAAAGUAGGACAAAGCCCAAUCGAUCGGCGUCGCAGAAUCCGACAGAAGGUGGACACAUGCAGUAUAGCCACCUCGACUGAACGAAUACUGCAAGCAAGCGCAGAAACAUUAACAGAGGAAAAUCUCGGUGCAACACGCAUUGAAGUGGAAAGACUGAAGGGUAUUCUGCGCGAAGUCUGCCACCUAUUACAAUCGUCAAUCUGUGUUCUUCGCAUGCAGCUAUCUGAGUUCAAAGCGAAACAUCUGGAAAAUGAAGCCGCAUUCAAGGCGCAACUUGAAGCGAUUAGCCGGUCCUGGAUCGAUAUCCAGGAAGCAGCGCGUAACAGAGAGCGAGAAACGGUACAACAGUUGACGGUUGACCAUGAGCUCGAAAUGAACGAUCUUCGAAAAAGCAUCCAUCAAAAGGAUGACGAAAUUCAAUCGCUGCGGUCCGACAACUCCACAAUGAAGGCAAGCCUCAUCGAGACAGUGUCAAAAUAUGAAAGCGAAAAACAGGAGCUAAACAAUAAAAUCGAAGAAAUGAAAGAGGUUGUGGGCAAGCUGGAAAGGCAGCUAGCGGACGUAAACGUCGACCGAAAUAAGGCCAUACAAGAAGCCAUUGAACAGCUCGAACAUAAGCACAAAACCGACAUCGAAUCGCUCCGAUGCAGGUACAAAUUGAUGACAAGCAUGGACCGUUCGCCAUCAGACACGAGCUUGGAGAAGAUCGAAAAGCCUGACAUGAUCGAUAUAGCAAGUCACGAACAACUACUGGCUCAAGCACGAGAGGAUUUCAACCGAGAGAAAGAACGUGCAAUUAAAACCGCCAUCGAAGAAGAACGACAACGAUGGGAGCUAUCCCAGCAGCAAAAAUCACUUGCUCAGCCGCAACGAUCGAUGGGAAGUUCCCCGGGAACUCCAACCGGUAGUCACGAUGUGUACAAACGGAUAUUAGAAGAAAAGGAACGACAAUUGGACGAGCUGCGGGAUAAAGAAGUACAUUUGUUGAGAGAAAAUCAGCGGUACAAGGAAACAAUCCAAUCACUAACGGACCCGGAGCUCUGUUCCAACCAAAUCAUUUUCAAACAACAGGUUGAGCUCUUGGAGCGUGAAAAACUUCAACUGGCAAAUGAACUGGAAGUCCAACUGAAUCGAUUUUCUGGAGCUGCCUCAAUACAGUCCUGCUCGAAAGGAGACACUGUGCUAGUAAUAUACAAUAGCACCUAUAAUCAGUACACUAUCGUUCAGAAUGGCCCCGUGUUGUAUUUUUUGCAUGCGGAAAGCUAUGCGGCCUUCAAUUUAACACCGUUGGUAAUGGGCGAAGUGCCGAAAAUUGUUUACUGUGUUGGGACAGUUGUUGAUAAGGAUUACUGUCACGCACGUAAAGACGAAAACCGAUACAAGGUGUCUCGAGGCACUAGGUUUUAUCGGGUGAAAGUUAGACCGUUGCCCAGAAAUAGUAGUGGCAGUGGUGGCGGUAGUAGCACUGCCGGUAGCAGCACAUCGAAGACCGUAGAUUCGGACAAGCACUCCAACAAGAAAGAAAAAAGUAAAUCAAGUACGCUUAGCCGUUCGUCGUCCACAAUCACGGAUCAGAGCGUUACUGCAGGUACCCCUGGGUUACUCAUCGAUUCGUUUGCACAAACCGAACAAAUGACUUCUCCGCUUAUGGAAGACUCUUCCAUCAAAACUAGCACUAGCCGGGAUAUGAUUGACUCCGGCGUUGUGGAGCAGCUAAAAAGUACCUACAAGGAACGCAACAUUAGCAUAACGGACGAGGAGGAUGUCACGUACAGUGGAAGCGCCAGUGGUAGUGUUGAUUUUGCAGAUCAGGACCGACUGCGUUAUCAAAGCGUGUGCGAGGAAGAUGAAGAAAGGCAACAACCUGACAGCAUCAAUAGUAAUACGACGGUUUCUCCGUUGUCCAUUGGAGCUCUUGUACUGCACUAUUUGAUGCUUCCAAAGUCUCACUGAAAAUCACUUCUAAUCAGUAACAUGAGCACACGGAUUAAUUUUAAUUUAGAGAGGCCUAAUUAUAGCUGAAAUGGUAACAGCAAAAGAUAAAUCUAAUUCCUUUAGUUACUGAACUGUUUACGCCAGAUAAUAGCAACUCCUUUGUAAAAAAGCCUAUCUCUUCAGAUAUUUUAUUCAAUUGCAACCAGUUUAAAGCAGCUUGAGGUCGACAAAAUCCAAUAGCCGGCAAAUCGCACUCGGUGAUCAUUUAAGAAGAGGUAGAUACGAAAAGCUUUAACAAAAAAAAAACGAAACAAGCACUGACGAAACAAACCAGCUAAACUAUUGCUUUUUUUCUUAUUUGAUUAAGAAAUUGAGCGUAGGAAUAAAUUCGAAUAUUCAUAAGACGCUAGUAUUUAUAAAGCAACAAAUACCUAGAUAUAGUUAGUUCCACAUUGAAUAAACAAACACUUAAGUAGGUUUACGGCAGUAACGUUGUUGGUUGAAAGAAACCUCGAAAAUCCUUGAAAGAGAGGAGGGAAAAUUUAAGUAAAGGUGAUAAUUGUUGUUAAAUCAAAUUUUCGACCAAUUUAAAGAGUAUUCAUGUCGCCUUGGUCGUUUUGGAUAUAAUUAGAGAGUUCACUUCUACUAACUACCUAUCGAAAACAACACAACUGAAUAUUUUUGUACAUUGUAAACUAAAUGAUAGACUCAACAUUCGGUAAGCGCUCUGUUUGUAAAGCGGAAGGGCAGCGAGUUUGGUUGGAUUAAAGAAAAAAAAAGUCUAGUUUCUGCUUCUUGCAUCUAGUUUCAAUCGCCAUCUUGUACAUAGCCAGUAUGUGACAGCGACAGCGGCAACAGUGAACAGUUUCAUGACUAAUUGAAUGUAAAUUGGCGUUUCCAUGUAUUACGCUGCAUACGUAGAUAAUAAAGAAUAUCUAUUUCAAAACUAUUUUAA